AUGUCACGACUGCAAUGCUUGGUUCGGCAUCUCCACGUCUAUGGUAAUGAGGAGCUGGACCCCAAAGUUGCGAAACUAGCACUCAACCUAAAAUCAGCCGUUGCGAAAGAGUUAGUUGUACAGAAACAGCUUACGCAAACGUUGGGUGCUCUGGAAUCGAUAAUAAAUUGUGCACGUGUCGCUUCACUGCGUUACGAACCUCCGCCGGAUAAAAAGGCGUUAGCUGAAAAUGGCUUGAUGGAAAUAUCGUCGAAACAAGGUGAUCCAUAUGGUUUAUUUGGUGAGCCCACAUUAGGCUCUGUCACACUGGAUUUGCUUGACACGAAGGGAUGA